CUCCUCUGCUCUGUUCUGCUCUCUCUCUCCGUCUGGAUCUGUCCGUCUCUGUGCUGGUGUUCAGUGGCAGCGUUUCUUUUCACUGCAGGGGCAGCUUCAUUCUCUCCUCCAGGAUGUCGGGCCUUCUGACCAGCUCUCUUCUGCUCUUCCUCUCCCUGACGCUGUUCCAGAUCCCCACACCAGAGGCAAAGCCUCUCUCUGCCAUGCGUGGAGGAGGUCGCAGCUAUGACAGCCAGGCAGGUGGAGUCCGUCUUCGAAGAGACCUGCGUGAUUCAGUGCCCUACGAGGCCCAGAUGAUGUCUUACCCCACUGCUGACUUCAGGAGUCGGAGCAAUGAUCUGUACUAUCAGCCGGAGGUCUUGAGAGCUCAAGGUCUUGGACAAGCCCUCCAGCGGCUGGUGGAGAACGAUCAGAGGCGAGAACAGGAAGCAGCUUAUCUGGCGUCAAUGCUGCGGCUCUUGAAUGAGGCACAGAAUAACGGACAGGGCAAACCAGAGGAAGAGGAGGAGGAUGAGAGCGAUUUCCAGGGCCCGUACCCGCCGGACUACGAUGAGACCGAGCAGGCCGUGAGCAUGGCGAAGCCCCAGGCUUCAUGGCAGGGCCUUCUGGAUCCUCAGCUUACUCAGGCUCUACUGAACCGCUACAAGCAGGAGAGACUGAUGCAGGCUGGACUCGCUCCAAACACCAACAGGAUUCCAGAGAGAGAGCAGGACAAAGACCAAGAGAUGCUUAGGUAUCUUGUUGAGAAGAUCCUCUCCAGCUUGGCAUCGAGUGGCGGUCAGGGAGCCCCUUCAAACCAGCGUUCUAAACGGGACCUGAGCGCUGUGGCCAACAUGGAGCAAUCUGGAGGACCCGCCCUAAAACGCUCCCGCCGGUCCCUAGACUCCGCCCCUGGUCCCUCCCCCCAAGUCGAGGCGUCGCUGCUGAGGGUGAAACGGCUCGACGGCGACGUGGACGACGACGGGGUCACAGGGCAGAGCAACAGAACGCCACACGUUGGCCUGCAGAGAAUGAAGCGCAUAGACACUGACCUGCCGCCCCCCAAAAAACACAGCCGCAAGCGCAGAGCCCUGACCUACGACCCCGCUCUGAUCGCACAGCACAUCCUGCAGUACCUGCCAGCCUAAAGAGUACAUGAAAGUGAAAGGAAUAAAAUAGAGAAAUUGAGGGAAAUCUAGACAGACAGAGCAAGCGAGAGUUUUAAACGGGACUGCAGCAUUUCACUUGCUUACAGAUACGCCAGCGUUCAUUGUCACCUGCCUAAAUCUAAUCAAGGCCUGCUUGCCGAGGUAUUCUGAUAUGAUGUUACUCUGUUUCAAUGUUAUACUAUAAUAAAUCCCACACACAUAACAGCUUAUGGAAUAUGCUUUUUGUUUUCCUAUUUUCUGGUAACUUUAUACAGUAUGGUAGCCCUUUUCUGCCAAAAAAAUGAAAAAAGUAAUUGUUCAUACUUCACAAUUCUGACCUUUUCCCUCAAAAUUAGUGAUAUGAGUUUACAACUCACAAGUUUAUAUCUUUGAGUUUAUAUCUCAAAAUUCUGCCCUUUUUCUCAUACUUCUGAGUUUACGUUACAAUUCUGAGUAUCUCAAAAUUCUUACGAAUCCGAAUUUUAUGCCAACACGCUGCCUUUUUUCUCAUACUUCUGAAUUUACAUCUCAGAAUUUAUCAUCUCAGAAUUCUUACUUUUUUCUCAGAUUUGAGUUUAUAUCUCAAAAAAUCUGACUUUUUUUCUCAAAAUUCUGAGUUUGUAUCUAAAAAUCCUGACUUUUUUUUCUCACAUUUAUGAGUUUAUAUCUCAAGAUUGUGAGUUUCUAUCUCAAAAUUCUGACUUUUGUCUCAGAUUUCUAAUUUUACAUCUCACAAUUCUGAGUUUAUAUCUCAAAAUUCUAACUUUUUUCUUAAAAUAUUGAGAAAAAAGUCAUAAUUGCAAGAUAUAAACUUCCAAUUCUGACUUUCUUUCUUGCAAAUUUAUAUCUCAUAAUUCUGACUUUUUUCUCUGGUUUCUGAGUUUUCAUCUUGCAAUUCUGGCCUAUUUUCCUCAUAAUUCCCAGAAAAAACUGUAACGUCGAAAGUCUCAGUUACCUUUUUUAUUUUUUAAUUCUAUGGUGGAAACAGGCUGCCAUAAUACAGGCAUUAAAUGACAUUACUGACAGAAAAAAUCAGUUAUUGGCUUGCAUAAGUAGCUCAUUGCUGUUUUUGUCAGAAUAAACAGGAUCAAGGUCACAUUAACCUUUAAUACAGAUUCAUAUAGUUUUAAAUGAAACAACAUAAUAAAUAAGAUCUGUUUGGCUAAUGCUGUUGAUAACUCACUUGGCCCUUAAAAACAAAACCACACCCUGAGCAGGGUCAUGCAAAAGUGCAUUUAGGUGAUGUUUUGUCCUGUGCAUUGAGGAGUGAGUUUUUACUGAAGGCCAUUUGCCUCUGAGCAACCCAGAAUCUGUGAGUUCCUCAACAGAUGAAAAGAGCAUGACUCUGAUUCCACAGAGAUCCAAAUAUAUCAGAGCUUUGCUACAGCUGUCAGUGGGUUUGGAGACACUGCGUUUCACAUAGUGAGCAAAACAGCAGUAACUAUAACAGCUGGUUCGCUCUGUGCUUUCAGUAUUUUUUCCUGUGUUUAACUGAAUGGCAGCUCUAUAUGAAAAACAAAAUGAUUUCUGAGUUGCUAUAUUGAUUUUCUUAAUGUGAUAAUAGCCAUAAAUUGAAUAGGUAUCAGGAGUAGGCCAUUGAUUAUCAAUAAACAAACAUUAUAUAACCAUCAACUGCUGUUCAGAAACUUAGCUACUGUGUGAAACAGGUCUUAUAUGUUAUAUUUACAGUAACUGACUUAUGAAUCAGAUCAGUUGAAUGUUUGACAUAGCUAUACUCCUACACCUACUAUAUACUGUUUUAGAAUUAGAAAUCAAGCUAAAUUUAUAUAUACAGUAUAAGAAACAAAUAUAUAGGAAACAAACGACUGAGAAACAAAAAUGUCUGAAAUCUAUUUAUUGCAUAAGAUAUCCAGUACAGGUUUAAACAGCACAACACAUCAGACCUUGCUUUAUACUGCAGUUAGCAACAAAACAGGAGUCUACAUGUCAAAACUGCUCUAUGUGAGUUUCCUGUCCUCUCUUUCUCUGAUUGGCUGUCUGAAGUGGUGUACCAUCUUCUUAGUGUCAUAUGCAUCCUAUUCAAGCUUGAUGACGUGUUUUUGUCCCUUGACUUGGCUUUGAAACACUGUGUGAUACUAAUCACUGUCCCAACUUCUUGCCCUCUGGGUUUGUAAUCUGACUAUUAAUGAAUUUGUGAAGGAAAUCGUGGCUCUGAGUAUAUAAAUGCUUUUCGAUAUUUGUGCAGUCAUAAAAUCUUGUACAAAAAUACAUAUCUCUGCACUGCAAGUUUUGUCAAACAACAAAAAUCACUGUAAGUGCUAAUAAAGUGUAUGUGAACGACA